AAGAAGAAGACAGUCAGUUCCGUAAACAGAGUUUACCGAGCAGGAUGAAGCCGCCUCCCCGGACCCGGACCCGGACCCCGAGGGUCGGCCAGCGGGCCGAGCCGGAGCCGCGGAGCUUGUACAAGGAGGGCAAGUGGGGCAUAGCCGAGCGGAGGAGGCUGCUGAGCGGCCUGAAGAGGCUGAGCGGGGCCGGCGGGGGGAAGCGGGACCUGGACUACGGAGCCGUGAAGAGAUUCGUGCCGACCCGCUCCCUCGAGGAGGUCACCUCCGUGCUGGACUCGCUGGUCAACCAGGUGAUCUCCUAUACUGGCUUCAAGCUGCAGACGAGGAGCUGCAAGGAGAGGAAGUCCAGGAAGCCCAUCGAGGAGUGGAUGCACAUGGCGUCUGUCGUGGCCGGAACGCUUGAAGAGACCGUUACGUCUCCUUUUAACCAGGUGCUGAUGGUGUCGUCCACGGAGCCCUGCACUCUGAGGAACUGUGACCUUCCUCUGGUCGGCAGGCCGGCGUCGGAUAACGACUCCAGCGAGCCCAACGCAACGCCCUGCCGGGCGGCCCGAGCACAGGUUCAAGGACGUCCUUUCCUGAUGUUCAAGACUCCCGCUCCAACCAAGGGUCCAGCCAGGAGACUCCCAGCACCGUCUCAGGUAGUUGUGGUGAAGAAUCUGCAGACCUGUCCACCUCAGCGCCAGCUCCCUCCCGCUGCCGGGACUUUAUCCGUCCCCUCCUUCACCUCUCCAACUUCCACCGUGGCCGGUCAGGUUUCCUCCCCGACCGCAGGUCCCUCUGCAGGAGCGGCUCCACCCGCCAUCAGCUCCACGGCAGCGACGCGGCCGACGACCGAGCAGCAUCCCGGCCCGGUCUCUGAGCCGUCCUCCAGCUCUCAGCUCCCCAGCACUUCCAGAUCCGUCCCAACCAGUUUACCGUCUGCUGUCACAUCCUCCUCCACCGCCACCACCACUCCUGCAGGUAGCAGCGGGUUCAAACAAAAGAGCAAAAGGGUAUCUGGAGCCAAAUUCAACGUGGACUUUGAGAAGAUCUACAACUUCCUGAGUGCUGCCCAGAAGCCCAAGGAGGGUUGCCGCCUCACCCCCAUGGAGAGCGCCAUCGUGUUGGACCUGCUGAUGUCUCUGCCGGAGGAGCUGGCUCUGCUGGACUGCAAGAGCCUGCGCAAACACCUGAUCCAGAUGCAUCGGUUCCUCUCGGCCCCCGCCGACUCCAGGACGGCCGCGGAGAUGUCGGCGAAGGUGAGGAACCGGCUGAGUUCUGGAGGAGGAGAACACGGAGCUCCGGGUGUCGGGCCGACGGACAGGCAGCGGGUGAAGGAGCAGCCUCAGAACCAGGCGUCCGGGAGGAGCAGCUGCCUGGGUCGGCCUGCAGAGGGCAGCGUGUCGGAGGCCUGCCCUCCCUGCCCCCCCCUCAACCCCUUCAUGGUUCCUCUGAAGUUGCUGAGACGCAAACCUGGGUUGGGACUGGCUGAAGCUGACGUGCUGUGACGGUCCGGCUCCUCUGCCCGGUUCCUCUGCCUGGUUCCGGACCCGUCGCUGCUGGAAGAUUCGGAGGUGCUGUUCCCCCUCCAGAGCCGCUCGGCUCCACAAGUGUUGGACAGUUGUCUUGUUUUAGCAAACAUGUUGCUGUUUGCAGCUGCUGCUUUUUUUUAUUUCACACAACAAUAAAAG